UUACUUGCUUUAAAUGCUGUGCGCAAGAAAGAAAUAAAAGAUGCGCGAUAUUGAGAUGUGUUUAUUAUUGAAGUUAAAUUAUGUUAUUAUUUUUUAACUUUAAUAAGGAUAUAAAUUAAAAUAAUUAUAACAGCAUUUAAUUUCUUAAUUUAAAAUUAUAUUUUAGCUUGUUAAGUUUAAAUUUAAUAUAUAUUUAAUUAUGAAUAACCAUAAAUUAUCAAAUAUAACGUAUACCUGCUUUAGGAAUUUCUAGAAAAUCCAAUUUCAUAUAUAUAAUUAUAAUUUUAAAAUAAAUUUUUGAAUUUAAAUGUCAUCUUAUAAAUAUAUAUAUAUAUGGUAACUUUUACUUAACGAGUUAGUGAUAUUUUAUAUAUUUUAGAGUAUUUCAAAUUGCCAAAACAUAGUGCUAAACAGCUGAUUUUGUCUCAUUUGUUUAUACGAGUUUAACAAAAAUAAGAGAUAAACGUUUACUUAAAAAUGGACUCUAAGAAAAUAUCCUUUGGAUUUAGCAAAAUAACAAAAAAAACAAAUUUGUUACCAUCAAACAAAGAUAAAGAAAAACAGGAAAACAAAAUUGAGCUCAUAAAAUGCUUGGAAGGUCAAGAAAUAAAACUUGUAGAGGAAAAGAAAGUGGAUGCUCCAAUGGUCAUACCAUUAAAGGAAAAUACAAAAACAUCCGCGGCACUUGCCAGUUUAAUUAAAAGACGUGCUAUUCUUUUAGGUGAGGCAGAUGAGCCUCCACCUAAAGAGCAACCUAGUCAAAUAAGCAAUGACAACAAUGGAAAUCACGUAAAUGAAACGAUAGAGGAGAGAGCGGCACGUGAAUUGCUUGCUUCCGUACAAAGUAAAGGCAAUGAAACUAUUGAUCAAAACCUUGUGCUACCAGCGUUAAAAGCAGACGAAUUGCCACUUGAUGGUGCCAAACAAUCGACAAUAGAUGAUUACGACAAUGUGCCCAUAGAACAAUUUGGCAAGGCAAUGUUGCGAGGCAUGGGCUGGACUGAGCCUACUCAGAAGAAAGGUGAAGCUCCAGCUGAUGAAAUGCUAUUUGUACGACCAAAAGGAAUGGGUUUGGGCGCUGAUAAAGCACUUAAGAAACAACCGUUAUUAGUGGCACCGGAAAAGAACGAAGUACUAGAGAUAAAGAAGCAAGCAUAUGUGCGAAUUUUGGGUGGUAAACAUAAAGAUAUGUAUGGGCAAAUUGAAGGUUUUGAUGAUCAUGCUGGUCGUGUUAUUGUAAAAAUGGCAAUAGGUGGAGGCAAAGAAGCCUUCAAUGAAUUCUUGUGCCAACCCGUUUCGAAGAAAGAGUAUGCGCAGUACGGCAAAUGCAUUAAUACUGUCAAAUAUGAAGAAUACAAACGAAUGGAGAAUGAACACGGACAAAUUAUUAUAAAAAAAGAAGAAAAUCAUAAUAAACUUUUAUCGGUGAAGAAUGAGAUUAAAGGCGAGUAUAGAAGGGAAUGCGAUGACAAGUACAAAUCAGAGCAUAAGCAUGGAUAUAAGGGUGAUGACCCACGAAAUAAUGAUAAAAUUUCAGAAAAGGCCACACAAAAAAAUAAAUAUGACAAUGGUCGGGAACGCUUUGAUCAACACAGUAGUUCUCGAAGACAGCGGAGCGAUGACCGACAAAGUUACUACAGUAAUGGUAGUCGAGAUGAAGGAGACAGACGGCGCGAUGGAUACCGAGAUAGCAGUGCUCGCCAUUUGGAAUUAGAUAAACAAUGCAGCAGCAGCAGUCGCCGUGAACGUUACGACGAGCGACGUAAAGAGUGUGUUGCAACCAAACGUAGAUCAAGGGAACACAGCAGUCGGAUCGACCAUGAAGAACGCCUAUCGUCAGCUAGUAGCUACAGCAGGCGUCAGCAGUACACUGACGACACCAGCGCUUCUUCUGGUACUGAUAGUGAUUCCGACUCAGCCUAUGAACGUAAGCUGAAAAAAAAAUCUUCAAGCCACAAAACGAAGUCAAAGAAGAAGAGUAGUAAAAAAUCAAAACGUAAACAACGACAUCGGACAACGGAUACAGAGACUUCCACUAACAGUGAUAGCGACGAUGACGAAGAUUUAAGUCGACGCGAGAAAAAGCAACACAAGAAGAAAACAAAGAAAAGCAAAAAACCACGUUCAAGAUCACGAUCACAUGAUCGCACCGGUAGGAGAUCAUUGUUGUAAAACAAAAUAAUAAAUUCCGUAAUAAAUAUAUACUAUAUCGUUUGUAUAAACUAAAAUCAAAGUUAUUUUGUUUACAAUUAUAAUAGGGAUAUUUAUUUAUUGUGUAAAAUGUCAACACUCACGACUCAAUAUUUUGCUUAUAUUUGUAAAUUAAUAAUGUUUAUAUUUUAAUAUGUAUAUCGCCCAUAGGAAAAAUUUUAUCUAUAAUUAAGGGUUCCAGUUCUUCAUUACUUUUAUAAUUAAUAAAUCACAUUUAUAUAGAUAUUACUUAAUUUUUAUUUUAUUUUAAUGGAUCAUCAUUAUGCUGCAAGUAAAAUGUUAAUGAUUUCGAAAUAAAAUAUUGGUUGAAAGAUUACUUAAUGGCACUAAGUUUAAUGGCAAUAUUUUUGAGAAAUUAAUGAACUGAUUGUUACGUUGAAUUUUGUAAAGAUAUAGCAGGUUUAAGAGUACGUUAGCUUACUUUAUAUCUAAGACAUUAAAUACAAUUUUUGGUGAUUCAUAUGUUGAUGUUUUUCGGAUUGUUGCGUUGAAGCUUAUAUCCAAAAAACUUUCUUGUGGUAGUGCAACAUUCAAGGAGAACAUUUUAAUAUAUUAUAAUUUAAUAAAUUUGCGCAUUUACGCUUCCGA